GGGAAAGUCUGAGAAACACAAAAAAGGCAGAGAAAGCCCGACAGCAGAGGAAAUAAAAUCUGCCCAGGUCAGGAGAGACUUGGCUUUGCAGGCACUAUGAAAAGCUUUCUUUCCUGGACAGUCCUGGCAGUCCUUGUCCUGGUGCACAUCUCCCAGGCUGUCUAUGUUCAGGAUGGAGACUUGAAAUUCCCCCUGGAGUCCGUGAAGAAGCUGAAGGAGCUCAUGGAUGGGAGCAGGCACAUCAACCCUCGCAUGAGGGUUCCCAUGGCCAGCUAUUCCCCAUGCCAAGAAAAACACCUCCCUGAGGAAUUCCGGCCUGUGUGCAAGAGGGAAGAUGCACCGAUGGUUUUUAGGAGGCUGAGCCUGGCUGCCGAGGACGACCUGUGUGAGAUCUGUGCCAACGCUGCCUGCGCCGGCUGCUUCUGAGGUGGAAAAACCCACGCAAGACUUGUCCAGCUGGGAAGUUUGUGCAUUCCCGUGGCAAGAUCAUGUACUGUCACCAAUCAAUAUUCCUGGGCUUCAUCUCCCACUCAGCCAAACUGGAGCUGCCAGCUUGUGGGGACGUCCCUGCAGUCUUGCAGCACCUGGAUCAGGUGCCACUACCAGAGCAGUUCUGCCAUCAAGGAGGCUGUGACUCCUCUGAGAGGUGCAGGUGCUGCCGAAGUUGUGUGACACUGGAAUGGAAAUGCCCUGCUUCAUUUCCCACUGUUUUGCCUGGAUUUGAACAAGCUGAAUGAAACUCAGCCCUGCAGCCUUUUUAAUAGCUUAUAUUUAAUGCCCAAUAAGUAGUAUCUAAUCAUUAAUAUGUGCCUAUAAUUUGGCCUCCCAUCACUGGGUUGUGUGUUUCCAGUCCCUCCUUCCCUCCAGACCUUCCCACAAAUCUUCCACCCCUUUGGAUCCUGAGACACCGCAGGCUUGUUUAGCCUGGUGCGUAGAGCACUGCAGAGGGAAAAAGGGGGGGUAAAGGGGGGCCAAAAUCUUUCCCAGUCCUUCCUUCCCAGUGUGUUAGAUCCCUUUCCCUUCCACCUGUCUGCAGGUGACUGUGGGAAAACAGAGAGCAGAAGGGAGAGCACUGCUAAACUCAUAACAGAAGUGGACACGGUAACUCUGCUAGGCCAUAAGCCUUGGAAGUAGAAAGCAGAACUCUGAAGAGGGAAGCAAGAGAUAACGCUAUGCCUGGCACAGUAUGCUCGGUACGCCUAGUUUGUGAGAAACCAUGUAAUUCUGUACAUGCCUAUGUUGGUCCAUAGAAAGGUAUGGUUAAGCAAUUUUACUAGGAAACAUAAAUGUUAUGGUUAGUGCUACUUUUAGCUACAGCUGAAAAGGUAUACAUGGUGAGCCCUUGUAAUCAAUAAAUUGACUUCUUGCGUGGAAGCGAGUCCCGUCUCUUCAGUCGCCGUCAGGUGACACUUUUGAGUUUGUAGCAGAAAUGCCACAAGUAACUCAAGCUCAGUUCCUGGUGUUUAGGAACACUCUGACAGCCAGAAAUCAGCCUGUUCCUUGUACUGACUGUUGUUGAUUUAGGGAACAGGUGUAGAGCAGCACAGGAACACUUCUUCCCUGCUUGGAUAUCAAGGUUCUUUAAACUCUCUUUGGGAGAAAGGAAUUCCAAAGUACAGCGGUAGAAUCACAUUGAAACAAAAGCAUUGCUUGUUGUUUUAUUCAUUGGUGGUGAGAUUGUGAAGAAAUUAUCUGCCCGUGUUUAUAUGCUGUGCAAGCAAUAAAAACUAGAAAUA